AUGACAAGGUGUGGCUCUCCAGUGGGCACUGGUGGCAGAGUAUCAGUGAUGGAGAAAGGGCUUCUAGUCGGUGCCCCAUGGGCUGGUGUCGGGAAGAAAAGGACUGGGGAUGUUUACCGGUGCCCAGUGAAAAACCAGACCAGCUAUGGAUGCGGGAAGCUGAACCUGGGAAGAGUAUCCAUGCCUUUUGUAUCAGAGCAUAAAGACAACAUGCAGCUUGGAAUGACUUUAACCAGCAAUGCCAAGGACCAUUCCUUCGUGACCUGCGGGCCGCUGUGGUCCCAUGAGUGUGGGAGCUCCUACUACAGCCCUGGGAUCUGCUGCAAAAUCAGCUCCAACUUCAAAAGUGCCCGGGCCUUCGCACCCGCCAUCCAGCGCUGUGAGACCUUUAUGGACAUUGUGAUCGUUUUAGAUGGCUCCAACAGCAUUUACCCUUGGUAUGAAGUCCAGAACUUCCUGAUCAAUAUCCUGAAGAAAUUUUACAUUGGACCUGGCCAGAUACGGCUGGCCAUCGUGCAGUACGGAGAGACCGCUGUUCACGAGUUUGAGCUGAGGGACUACAAGUCUGUUCAUGAUGUUGUCAAAGCUGCCAGGAAUAUCCAACAACGAGGAGGGACAGAAACCAACACAGCACAUGGCAUCGAGAUCGCACGCUCGGAAGCAUUCAGCAUCAGGAGAGGCGCAAGGAAGGAAGCCAAGAAGGUGAUGAUUGUCAUAACCGACGGUGAAUCACAUGACAGCCCACAUCUAAAGCAAGUGAUUGAGAGCAGCGAGCAGGACAACAUCACCAGAUAUGCCAUUGCGGUGCUGGGCUAUUACAACAGGAGGGGUAUCAAUCCACGUGACUUCCUCAAAGAGAUUAAAUCAAUAGCUAGCCAUCCAGAUGAUAAACAUUUCUUCAACGUCUCUGAUGAGGCGGCCCUGAAAGAUAUUGUGGAUGCGCUUGGAGCACGAAUCUUCAGCUUGGAAGGAACCAACAUUCAGAACGAAACAUCUUUCCAGUUGGAAAUGUCACAAGCGGGAUUCUCAACCCACUUUGUGGAGGAUGGGAUCCUUCUUGGCGCAGUUGGGGCCUAUGAUUGGACAGGUGCUGUCUUAAAACAAACCAGUCACGGCCGAGUGAUCCCUCCCAAAGAUGCCUACAUGAAGGAAUUCCCAAAAAAGCUGAAGAACCAUGGGGCCUAUCUGGGCUACACCAUUACUUCAGUGAUGCCAAAAUCGGGUCGGAGGUGGUAUGUGUCAGGCGCUCCAAGAUUCAACCACACCGGAAAAGUCAUCGUAUUCACGAUGAAGAAUGAUGGUAGUGUCACCAUCCAUCAGUCCCUGAAGGGCCAGCAGAUUGGAUCAUACUUUGGAAGUGAGCUAACGCCAGUGGAUGUAGAUGCUGAUGGGGUGACCGAUGUUUUACUGGUUGGUGCUCCAAUGUUUUUCAGUGAUGGGAGAGAGAAGGGUAAAAUCUACAUCUAUUCCCUCUCCAAGAGAGGUUUCAUUUUCAAUAGUUUCUUGGAAAUUUCCGACAAAUCCCAGAACUCCCGCUUUGGCUCUGCAAUAGCUGCUGUCCGUGACCUCAAUUAUGAUUCAUUCAAUGACGUGGUGGUGGGGGCACCUUUGGAAGAUGAUCAUCGUGGAGCAAUUUAUGUGUUUCACGGACACAAUAAAAAUAUCCUCAAGGACUACAAACAGAGGAUUGGGGCAUCUGAGAUCAGCCGCGGGCUGCUGUACUUUGGCCGCAGUAUUCAUGGACAGUUGGAUAUGAACGGUGAUGGCUUAGUGGAUCUCGCAGUGGGAGCACUCGGUAGUGCUGUUCAGCUCUGGUACAACGUUUCCAUUGACGAACGCAGAUACACACCCAGGGCGCUCUUUGAUGACAACUUUGAGAAGUAUAUUCACAGCAACAUCAGCGUGGAGCCUGACUUAGAAACUUGUGAUCAAUGCUAUUUUCAUGUUCUGGAUACACUGGACUAUGUGAGACCUAUUGGAUUUAUACUGGACUUUGGCCUUUUGGACCCAGAGUACGGCCCAAUUCUGGAUGAUGGGUGGCCGAACACAACCAGGACCACGCUCGGUUUCUGGAGCGAUUGUGGUGAAGAUGAACAUUGUGUUCCUGAUCUGGGGCUCCGUGCGCGUGCUGAUAUUUCUGGUUCCAGCCGAUUCCCCUUCAUUGUCGAAAACACAAGGAGGAGAAUCUCUGUGGAUGCCUGGCUGGAAAACAAGCAGGAGAACUCAUAUGGUACCAUGCUCAAUGUCACCUUCUCUGGGAACCUGCAGUUUGCAACACUCAUACAGAAGGAUGAUACUGAGGUGAGAAUCGAUUGCAACAAUUUGGCAAGGUGGCCUAACAGCAAAGUAUGCACUGUCGCGUACCCGGUGUUCAGGUCCCAGUCCAAGGUGGCUUUUCGCUUGGAGUUUGAAUUCAGCCGCUUCAUCUUCCUGGACAAUGUGGACAUUAGCCUGACUGUCAGCAGUGACAGUGAGGAAGCAGAAGAAACACUUUCUGACAACACCUAUCAGCUGUAUGUUCCUGUGCAAUAUGAAGCAGAUAUCCUCCUCACAAGGGAUUCCAGUCCCGAACGCUACGAUGUGAAAUCAGUGGAAGAGUUGGAGUCAAAUGGAGAGUUUGAUCCUCCCUUUAACUUCACAUUUAAGCUUCAGAAUCUGGGACCUUUCACUGUUGGCCAUUUGCUGGUCAAAGUGACCAUCCCGACACUAACUAAAGGGAGCAAUCUUCUCCUGGUCCUGACUAACAGCUCCAGCAGCCCGCAAGAUGGGAUCCAGUGCACUUUGACCGGUCAUGUGGCUCAGCAGCAGUGGCUCCCUCCCAGAGGACAAGCUGUCACAGAGGAUCUGAGGACUUACGAGAAACUGGAUGCUGACAACUCUCAGUUUAGUCUCCUGUUAUGUGAUGUGAAGAACUUUAAAACCAGUGACGAAUACUCCGUUCACAUUUCUGGCAGACUCGUGACAGAUUCAUUGGUGGCGCUCAAGUUUAGGUCUCUGCUACUCGUUACCACGGCAACCCUUGACAUUUGGGAGCCCAGAGCAAUGUUUCUAAAGGAUUCGGCCCGGAGCCGGGAGAUUACACUUCACCUGACCAAGCAGCAUGAGUCCGAGGUCUCCAUCUGGAUUAUAAUUGGGAGUUUGUUGGGAGGUCUUCUCCUGCUUGCACUCCUCAUUCUCGCUUUAUGGAAGCUUGGCUUUUUCCAAAGUGCAUACCGUCGGAGGAAAGAAGCCAUGGCAACUGGAAAUGGCUCAAUUGAGCAGUCAUCAAAGAAAGGCACAGAACAUUGAAAUCUCAGAAACGUUAAACACAAGAAGGUGCAAAUUCACACACAGCAAUAAUCAGGUGACAUCAACUGGCAAAACAGUAGACCAACACUGAGUAGUCAACUCGUGCACCUAUCAGGACAUUGAUUUUGCUUGUGGUGCCACACACUUUGAUUCAUUAUCUCUAAGGUGCAGCAACACGUUAUAAACCCCAGAACACAAUCCCCUCCCAACCCCAAAUGAAAAGGAAUAUUUUAAACAGAGGAGCAAUGUAAGUGACAUUUCUCUGUUUGGAAGCUUGAAGCGUGAGAGAGUGUGUGCCUCUUUCUGCUAAAAGGAAAACCACCAAUAAUGCACAGCCACAUUGCAAGUACACUACCACGGAGGAGCCAGUGCCCAUUUUACACCAUCAAGAAUUGUACCUGCCCCUUUAAGUGGCAAACAGGGCCCAAACCAGACUGAUGAUGUACUUUGUGGAACCUCGGCUACUUUGCAAAUCCCUGAAGUAUUGUUUAGGAAAUACCGACUAGCUCCAAUCUUUGUCCAUUGGUUCCAAGAGUUGUGUUUUGAAGAAAGUGAGGAAUAAUUUGCAUAUGAUUUAUGGAUUGUAGAUAUUUUUAAUUAAAGUAUCCUCCCGGUGAUCCUUCAUCCAUCACAUACCUUCCUUUAGGCAUGAGGGAGGUAGUCUAUUCAGGUCUCAUAUCCCUCCUUACCUCAACACAGUGGGAAGGUCCAACACGGAGGGAGCAGCCCAGUCUGGAUCUGUGUCCAGAGUCCCACUGUAGACCCCUCCCUUGCCUCAUAACAAAGAGCAAGUUUAUCCAUUUAUCAAUCUGCUAAAACUAACCCAAGGUGAUUAAAUAACCACGGAUGUCCUCCUCCACUGUAAAUGUGUUUCCUUCAUUUUACCAAGCUCAGCCUAUGAAUGUUUGUGGCUUUCUAGGGGAGGGGUGCCCUCUGAGCUGAGGUAGUGGAGACAGAUGAACACUUAUGGAAUUGUAGAGGUAAGAAAGAAUGAACAGAAAGUCACAAAUCACAAGAUUAAACCUGUGGAUUAGUUGGACAUUGUGGAGCUGGCAUGACUGAGUGUUUACAGCUCAGAAACAGGCCAUUCAGCCCAACAGGUCCGUGCCAGUGUUUAUGCUACACCUGAGCUUCUGCUCACUUCUGACCCGUCUCAAUAUAUCUUGUUUGAUGUGGAGGUGCCGGAGUUGGACUGGGGUGGAUAACGUCAGAAAUCACAGUA